UUUUCUCCGCGUUCUCCGUCCUGCUUGGAAACAACACGACCCGUGAAAGUAACAUAUCGACCAAGCACGCUUCUUUUUUAUUGCGUCAAAAUACAACCCAAUUCUGCUUUGACGCUGUGCGGAGAUUUACAGUAUGUUUGAGCGGAGGAAACACUAAACGAUGAUCAAGGCUACAUCGGAAGUCGUAUACUUUGAGUCAUGAGGUGGAAGGAUCUCACACAAAGGAGCACCAAUUUGAGACUCUGAGGCAGAAAGCCAGCAAUGGGAAAUUCUGACAGCCAGUACAGCAUCCAGGGCCUUAAAGCCACAAGCUUUGGUUUCUCUGGGACCCAAAAGCCAUACUCACUAAAGCUUGGCUCAGCCACAGACGACCCUCUGUCACCUCACGAGUGGUGGAAAAGUGCGCCGGUGAGCUCCGGGUAUAAAGCCAAAUGCGUCAGCAGAGGUUGUCUCUCCCCUCCAAAGAGCCGACAGCCUUACUCGCCUCGUCACGACUACAUCUCCAGAGGCGCCAGGGGUAGCCCGGGGGAACACCGCUUGCAUCGGACGACUGGAUGUGGCAUACGCAAGCGGCACGUGUCCGAUGACUAUGAGGAUAAUCCGUAUGGUGCCGAGCUCAAUGGUCAUACUUUGACUGACCAGAGAGACAAAGAGCAGGUUCUAGAGAAACAGAGUAGCCCAAGAGUAGUGAUCAAGAAGGACGGCAGUCUGAGAGUGGAAUUCACCAACACCUCAGGCAGCGAUUUUCUCUUGGAUGACGUCACUGGUCCUGUACAGCUCCUCAAAUUCUCUGCUAAUUUGGAGUCCCCCUCCACCCCGAGUUUGCCUGGUUCCGGGAGCAGCGAACCCGAUGGCCUCCACAGUGGUCCUCCUCCAGCCUCUACCUCUUCCACUGCCAGAACCAGUAAAGGAAGCUCUCUGAGCUCAGAUGGCUCCUGGUAUGAUUCUCCUUGGGGAGCCAGCACAGAACUUUGCGAGCAGGACCACCAGUCCUGUUCUUCUAACAGGACACAAGUGCACUCCCCCAUCCUCCAUGACUCUUUCACUGAGCAGUCUUCCCCAGUGUCCAUCGCCGGUCUCUAUAAAGAUUCCACAAUGGCUGCAACCUUCCCAAUAGCCGAAGACCUUUCCUCCCAUUUAGAGGCGGCUCCUGUUGGCCAACAGCCACAUCGAGCCUCCCUUGCUUCAAUCUUGGAUGUCCCUUUGGAAGAUGAAUGCCUUGAGGCCCGCCAGUAUUCAUCAUACACGCUACCCUGUCGAAGACCCAAAGCUCACACCAUGAGCGAUGGUCUGGAUCAGUACCCCAACCAUGAACAACAUCGGGAGCGGUCUGGGUCGGAGUUUGGCUUCCACAAGAAAGCUUCGAUAAAAAAACACAUUCGACGUUUAAGUGACUGGACUGGCAGCCUCAGCCGUAAGAAGAGGAAGACCCAGGAGACUCGGCACAAGGACAUGAGCGAUGUCUUUGACAGCGGCGUUGACGGCAUGACUGCAGACACCAGCUCCCCGUCUCAAGCGUCAAGCCUCUUGUGGUUCCCAGGAGCCCCGAGGACUCAAUCAUCGGGGGCUAUUCACCAGUCGACCAAUGAUGCCCUUCGCCAGAACAUUUAUGAGAAUUUCAUGAGGGAGCUGGAGACGGGUAGUGGACAGGGAGGGAGCGAGAGAAGAGACCCUUCCACGGGCGAAGAUGACGGCGAGAGCAGCAGCGAGUCGGCCGAAGGCUCUCUGGAGCAGAUGGACUUGCUGUUUGAAAAAGAACAAGGGGUGGUCAGACGGGCGGGAUGGCUUUCGUUUAAGCCUUUAGUGACACUGCAGAAGGAUAGGAAGCUGGAGCUGGUGACACGUCGCAAGUGGAAGCAGUACUGGGUUACCUUGAAAGGAUGUACAUUGCUGUUCUACGAGACAUACAGUAAAGGGUCACCGGAGCAAGAGCUCUCCCCUCGUUACUCACUUCUGGCCGAGGACAGUAUCGUGCAGGCUGUUCCGGAACACCCUAAAAAGGAGAACGUCUUGUGCCUCAGCAACUCGUACGGAGAUAUCUAUCUCUUUCAGGCCAGCAACCAGACCGACCUCGAAAACUGGGUGACAGCCAUCCAUUCGGCCAGCGCCUCGCUGCUGGCCAAGCGCCAGGGAAAGGAGGAUACAGUACGUCUGCUGCGAAGCCAGGUCCGCGGCCUCUUGCAGAAGAUUGACAUGGAUGGGAAAAUGAAGAAAAUGGCUGAGCUUCAGCUCACUGUUGUCAGUGACCCGAAAAACCGCAAGGCCAUUGAAAACCAGAUCCAACAGUGGGAGCAAAAUCUGGAAAGGUUCAACCUAGACCUCUUCAGGAUGCGCUGUUACCUGGCCAGUCUUCAGGGCGGUGAGCUACCCAACCCAAAGAGCCUGUUAGCAAUCGCCAGCCGCCCGACCAAAACCACCCUGGGCCGCCUCGGGAUCUUCUCCGUCUCAUCCUUUCAUGCACUGAUUUGUUCCAGAGAUGAGGCUACACUGCGCAGGCGCUCAUUGUCACGGACUUUCCGAAAGCACAAGCGAGGCCUUUUCUCUUCCCUCAAAGGCCUUGACACCUUGACAAAGAAGGGCAAAAGGGUCUCGGCGUCACAGAUCUUUGAGAGCGACGCUGGAGGUCAAGCGCAUGUUCCGCCUCCCAAGAACACUGAGGGGCUGGACGGGCUCACCAGUAUGUACUCCAUGCCGCCCCCUGAGGUUGGUGUGUGGGAUAGCAACAAUUGCACCCCAGGCAUGCUGACCUGCAUCUACAUGCCGGAUGGCCUGCAAGCCCAAGUUCACGUUCGAAGUGAGCAGAAAGCCACUGACCUCCUCUUGGAGGCUUGCAAGGCGAAAGGGCUGGACCCAGACCUGCACCGACUGCGUCUGCACAGACAGGCGGGACAGGAUACUGAAAUUCGAUCCGUGGCGCCUGGCGAGCUUGUCUCCGAAUUGGUUGGCAGCCAAUUGGAGGUGGUUCCCGUUAAUAUGUUUACACUGCAAAUGAGCAGGAUAAGCGGCAGUGGAGAUUUUGGAUUUGCAGUAACAGGACAUAUAGAUAGUCAGAAGAAUAGUCGGAUCUUUGUCAGUGAGGUGCUCCCUAAUGGAUUAGGAUUUACUGAAGGUUUACGUCCAGGUGAUGAGGUUCUCAUGUUGAAUGGCCGCAAUGUGUCAGGUCUGGACCUGACGCUGAUCCAGACAUUGUUUGCUGAGCAAACCCUCAACAUGUGCCUGAGGCGGGACGGACCCCCGCCUCAAAACGGUGCCUUUGACAACCCAGUUCCUCUUUCGGCAUUCAAGCUCAAAGCCAAGUCCUCCUCGGACUUGUGCACUGCAGCGGAGGGCGGCGAGUCCAUGUGUGCCGGGCUGCAGAGUCACUCCCACUGCGCACACAGGCCUGUUCAGCUCAGCAAGAGUGUGGAAACAGUAUGCAACCUGUACCAGUCCUUCCAGGAGGGAAAAGGUUCAGCCACUGGCGGCCCGAUGGAGGACACCAAGGAGCCUCCAAUGAAGCAGGCCGGCGAUUUAGCUCCAGGGUCCAGGGGGGAUGGCACUCUUCUCCGACCCUGUCACAAGCAUAUGAGUGGCACGGAGCGCUUACGCAAGGUCAUCCAGGAACUGGUCGACACAGAGAAAUCCUAUGUGAAGGACCUGUCUUGCUUGUUCGAGAUCUACCUUAAACCCCUACAAAAUGAAUCUUUCCUAACGCUGGAUGAGAUGGAGAGUCUGUUCGGCAGUCUGCCAGAGAUGUUAGACUUCCAGAAGGUCUUUCUGCAGACGCUGGAAGAAAGGAUUGCUUCCUCCCCUGACUUCAGCACGCUCGAGACGCCUUCCCAGUUCAAGAAGCUUCUGUUUUCUCUCGGGGGUUCCUUCCUGUACUACGCUGACCAUUUCAAGCUCUACAGUGGCUUCUGUGCAAACCACAUCAAGGUCCAGAAAGUUCUGGAGAGAGCCAAGACCGAUCGGGCCUUCAAGGAAUUUUUGGAUGCGAGAAAUCCCACCAAGCAGCACUCCUCCACCCUGGAGUCCUAUCUUAUUAAACCAGUGCAAAGAGUUCUCAAGUACCCCCUGCUACUCAGGGAGCUGGUCUCCCUCACCGACGCCAACAGCGAAGAGCACUACCACCUCACAGAGGCGCUGAGGGCCAUGGAGAAAGUGGCGAGCCACAUCAAUGAGAUGCAGAAAAUCUACGAGGAUUACGGCUCGGUCUUUGAUCAACUUGUUACCGAGCAGGCCAGCCAUGAUAGAGAGGUAACUGAAAUCUCUAUGGGAGAGUUUCUUUUGCAUUCCACUGCAGUCUGGCUCAAUCCACAUCCAUCAUUGGGCCGCAUGAGGAAAGACCCUGAAAUCACAGUGUUUGUCUUCAAGAAAGCGGUCAUAUUGGUCUACAGGGAAAACAACAAGAUGAAGAAGAAGAUGACCAACUCGCGCUCGUCGCUUUCUCACGGCGAGCCGGACCCAUUCAAGUUUCGUUGGCUCAUCCCUCUAUCUGCCCUUCAGGUCAGGCUGGGGAACGCAGCAGGACCGGGCACAGAAAGUAGCUGCAUUUGGGAGCUGAUUCACUCCAGGUCUGAAGUGGAAGGCAGACCAGAGACAGUCUUCCAGUUGUGUAGCAGUGAGCCCGAGAGCAAGGUGAACAUCAUCAAGGUGAUCCGCUCCAUUCUCAGGGAGAACGCCAGGAGGAACACGAGAGGCGAGGCCAGCUUGGAGCGUGGCUGUAAGGAACGCCUGGAGGCCAUGCGCACCAGGAUGGGCUCCUCCAGGGCUUCCCGCUUGUGUCGGCAGCCCCUUGGAGACCCAACCACCCAGUCCCGGAAUCUCAAGUCCGGGACGGAUUUGGACGAAGGCGGUACGAGUAUUGCCACCUGCAGUCUGUCUGGUGCUCCCCAGCUACAGGAAGGCCCGACUGGGUCGGCACAGGGGAGUUACUCCCAACCCGCUUCUGUCUCGAUGAAGGAGUCUGACAUUCUCAGCGACGAAGAAGACGACGGCUUUAGCGAGACUGCGGGCGCCAAGAGGGGCGCUCUCGAUGCUCAGUUCUUCCAGUUAAAAAUCUCAGAAGAGCCCGUGCUGACGUACGCGCCCGUGCCCCACGUCCAACCUGAUGGGGGCACAUCCACGGUUCAACCCAGACCCGCGAGAGAUCGACCGAGUGCGGCAAAGAGGAAAAGUGGUAGUUUGCGGAGAAGCCAGGGGGCGCUAGUGUGCUUGAAUGAGCAAAGCGGUUCAUUGGACGCCCGCAGCGAUGCGUCGCCACCGCCAGGCGUGUUGGACCUCAAUGCGCUUCUGGAGAGAGAGUUUAGCGUCCAAAGUCUGACCUCGGUGGUCAAUGAGGACUGUUUCUACGACACGGCCUUAGAGAGACCCCCGAUAGCACAAGAGCACAAGCCCAGUUAGCACACAUCCGCUCAGGUGAGAACCAUGAGGUACACUGAUUGGUUUACAAACUCUCGAAGGAGGGGUGAGGGUUCCUCAGUGUGUGGCCUGCUCAGCAACCACAAGUGCUUUUGAUUCCCGUCACAUUUGGACCCCACCCCCCAUAUUUGUACAUCGGCAUUUACAAGUUUGCGUAUUAGCUAAUUUUGUUCAGUUUUGUUCUCUACUAUAAUAUUGCUUUGGUGCCAUCAGGUGUCAUCGUGGUGUCAAGGUUUCAUUUAGACAUAAGUAGUUCUUUGCCACCAUCUUGUGGUAUCUAAAGGCAAUUGAAGAUUUUUUACGAAGUAGUUGUUACUCUUGCGUUCACUAGUUAGGAUCUCAAAAAGGACAAAAAUCCAAGAAAUAGCUUUUCCACACCAAAAUGGCUGACUACAUGUUUCACAGCAACUGUAGGUUGUACAUUUUAUUUAUUUUGUAUUUGCCAGUGGGUCCCUCAAGAUGGUGACUAAGCUGCUGCUCUUUCUAUUAGACAAGGUUGAUGGCCUGACUUAAAUGAAGAUCCUCCUCAGUCCCUUGGAGCUAAAAUGCCACAAAAUAGCACCAAAGCAAUAUUUUGAUACAAUGCAAAAGCAAUGAAUCACUUUGGGGGGUGCACUGUACAAAUUGCCCAAUGGAAGAAAAAAAUUAAUUUGGUGAGAAUAGAUGUUUGUAAAACCACUUAAUGAAGGAGAUUAAAAAUUUGGUAUAGAUUUGAAUGUUACAAUGUAAAGAACAAACACAUUUCACAUAUAACGUGACGUGGACACUUUUAGUUUGCUAACAAAACAUGGUUUUGGGCCUUGGGAUCAUUUUAAGGGCAAAAAGUGUUUUUAUUAUAGUCAGGCCCUGAUAAAGCCAGCGACAGUGGCGCAAAUGCUUCAUGAAUACAACAACAACAAAAUAAUUAUAGGCUCAAAUUCUUCAGAGGGCGGUCAGGUUCCCCACCCUCUCUUUCCGCAGGACAUGUGGCCAAUUGAGGACAAAACAAAAGCAGUUCAGCCACACAUUCCAGCUUUCAACUCUUGGGUAGUGAUCAGGUUUAUUUUAUUCUAUUUCUUUACAUCAAACCAGAGCUUUACUCCCAAGAUUUGUUGGGAGAGUUGCUCAGAUGGGGGUUUUUUUCCCCCCCACAGACGUUAAUACUAUGCAUCAACAGGGCUAAUAAGGAAAUCCUGGCAACAACAGUGAACAUGUGGCCAUGAUACGCUUCUAUGAUAAUAAAUAACAUGACCUCACCACAUGUCAGCAGACACACAGGCAAAAAUAGGCCAAGCUAGUUGUAUAUGACUUUUUUUUUUUUUUUAUCUGAAUAAUAAAAUAAUGGCUGACUGAGUUUAAUUUUAAUGAAAGUGGCGGUUUGAAGGAAAUUAGACUGUAGGGUAGAUUGGUUUUACUUUCUAUUAGUACAUCUUGUUUCCUGUCACCUUUAAAAAUAGCUGACAGGAACACAUUCAAAAGUAGACUGAAUGAUGGGAAAUGAUGAAAAGAAGGAAAUGAUGAGCUUUGAUAUACUUGGGACACACAGCAGCUCAGCUCAUGGUCACAUGUUCACUGAAAGCAAAGAUCCAAAGACCGGCUGCAGUCAAAAAAUAUCUCUCUCUCGCUUUUUUUUUUUUGUGCACUAAAGUACACUGUUUGCCCAUUAGAUUUCAUGUUUCUGUGCAGGUUUUAAUGUUAUUAAUGCAGUUUUUAUUUAUUACUUUAGUGUCGAUUGGUUUUGUGUAUUAAGUGUUUGUCGACAAGGCUUCGAGCAUUCAAGAUUGAAUUUACUUUGAAUUAUCAGAAAAGAAAAAAAUGGCAGGUUGAUCAUUCUGUUCUGCAAAGCAUUGAUGAUUUGUGUGCAGAGAAAUUAUUGGUUGAAAUAAGGCCGUUUUGAUGAGUCUGAAUAGCAAUAAUUGAGUUCAACUAUUUGUAUGCUUUUAAGGGUUUUGUGUACAUACUCUGUUUUUUUUCUACUAGAUAUUGUACAGUUCAUGAGGCAGGAAUUAAUUUUCAGAAAUUGAAAUGCUUUUUUUUUUUGUUAGAUAACAUGGAUGGAGUUGAGGUACUAUACUGAGAUCUAUAUCUGUUAGACAUUCUCACCAUGCCUUCAAUGCUAGCAUACCAAUGAAUGUGAAUUCCUCCUCCUGAUGGAAUUGUUUUUGAAAUAAAACUUAUCUGUGAACGGUG